AUGGCAACUGGCGGGGGCAAUGGCCUCGCCUUUGUCAUUUCCCCCGACGAGUUCACCAUAGGACGGCCGGGCCCCUGGCUGGGAAUCCUCAACGAUGCAUGCAACCAUUACAAGGUGUUUGCAGUCGAGUUUGACACUAACCACGAUCCGCAAUUUGGCGACCCCAAUGAUGAUCACAUUGGCAUCAACCUUGGGGCGGCAGUCUCAUUCAAAACCGCCAAUUUGUCAGAAGCUAAUAUUUCCCUCCACAAUAGCAAAGUCCACAGAGCAUGGAUCACCUACGAUGGCAAUCAUAAACACAUCAACAUCCACUUGGGUUUAGACGGUAACCCAAUUCCCUCAAAACCCAUAUUGUCUUCAUCUCUAAACCUCUCUCCAUUUCUUCAAGAGUACAUGUUCGUAGGGUUCUCUGCUUCCACUGGAAAUUCAUCACAAAAUUCAAUCCACAAUAUACUUUCAUGGAACUUUUCAUCCACAGUACAAGCUUCUCUUCACGUCCCAUCCACCAAAAUUUGCCACAGAAAUGUAGCGCACCUAGUCUCCAAGUACUCCACCACACCCCACACAAACCCACCAAGCAGUUUCUUGAUCUUUGUGGCUCUGCUAAGCUUGAGCUCAGUGGCUUUGCUCAGUUUUUACUUCAGCCGCAUAAAAACAAACACCUCGGAUGCACUUUUGUUCUUCGACACAAAACAGAGGCCAAUGCUCCCAAUCAGUCCUCGCCGUUUCACAUUUGCGGAGCUCUACAUCGCAACGCGGCGUUUUGACAAAGCCCAAGUCUUGGCCACCGACUGUAGAGGAGGCAGCACGUCCGUUUUGUACAGAGGGACGCUUGUGAAUGGGUGUCAAGUCGCAGUGAAGCGAUUCUCGACUCCGUUCUUGAGUUCCGCCCGAGUUACGAAACGACUCGGGGAUCAAAUAACUCGGGCGAGUCACCCGAGUCUACCCCACAUACGCGGGUGGUGCUGCGACGGUAGAGAGGCCAUGAUCGUCUACGAUCAUUACCCGAACGGAAGCUUGGACAGGUGGCUGUUCGGGAUUGGAGCGCUGCCAUGGACGUGGCGGCUCAAGCUCGUCAAGGACAUAGCAGAGGGUUUGAGCUUCCUCCAUUCCAAGGAGCUCGCUCACGGAAAUUUGAAGGCGAGCAGCGUCUUCCUGGACCUAAAUUACCGACCUAUCCUUGGAGAUUACGGGUUGGACUUCUUUCUGCCCGGGUCGGGUCGGGGCAGCAUGGGUGAUGUGUUCGGGUUUGGGAUAUUUGUUUUGGAAACUGUGGCGGGAAGGAAAGAGGAGGGUCUUUUGGGGUUUGCGCGGGAGAUGUUUGAGAAGGGAGAGAUAGAGAGGGUUGUGGAUGAGAGGAUGAGAGACCGAGUUAACUCGGAGGAAGCGGUUCGGAUUUUGAAAAUUGGGCUGAGUUGUACUGCGAGCGAGCGUGGUAGGAGGCCUUGCAUGGAAGAGGUGGUUCAGUGCCUUGCAUCUAGUUCCCAUAGUAGGCCCGUAGAGCUUUCGCCUCUAUGA